AAAAAAAACCCCCCACCAACAAACGCAGGAUGCUGAGCCUUUGUUACUGCAAGUAGGUUUCCGAAACCACACCCUGAGUAGACAGCAGCUACGCAGAACCGGAUCACUGCCGGGAAUAAAAAUGAUGCAGUGCAGGGACAUGAACCGGCGGUGCCAUUUCUGGAUUCCCUACCCUGUUAGAGGAAGUGGGAAAAUGAGAUGCUUAAAUGGUGGCAGUUUAGUCUACACUUGGUGAUUUGGUAAACAAAUCUUCAGGAUCGACCCUCGCACACAAGUGCUGGGGAGCUGAUGCGGGAUCGUGUGCCUUCCUAUUUGUUUCUCUGCAUUUCCUGCUUGAGGAUGUUUGGGGCUUUGCCAGUGCACCUGGUUGGAAAACAAUGGCUAUACUUGCUGAUUCAAGAUGGAGAUUUACAAUAGUCCUUGCGUUGUGUAAUCUGGCUCCAACCCAGGGAGGUGAGCCUGACAAGCUCAGAAGAAACCCAACCCAACAGGAGCAGCAUCAAGAAUCCACCCUUCUCCUGCACAACUCACACCUCUCCCAGCUCCAGAAUACUGACUUUCUCAGAUAAAAAUCUUACCCCUUCAAGGAGCCAAGACUCCUGUAAAGGAGACACAUACAAAAUAGUAUAUAUAAAUAAUAAAGGCUAAUCCAGCAGCAGCAGGGGAAAAAAGCCUCCUGCACAAUUCACUCCCCUACUGAAUGCUAAAAUCCUGAGGUAAAAUCUUUCCAUAUCAACAGCAAAGACACAAAUAUAUAUUGAUUAUAUAGAAUUUAUUGAAUUAUUCCAGACAUUGGCACAGUUUUACUGUGUUCUUGUGCUCCUGAGUGAUUAAAUAUCAGAAAAAGUUAAUGGAGCAAAGCAGCAAAAGAUCAGGUCUUUUGAAUGGGAGGUUUAUUUUUAAAAAAUUUUCAGAUGGUUCUCUGGAUAAAAGAACAGUUAUCUGUAGCUAUUGCAAGGCUGAGUUCCAAUACCAUCGAAGUACUUCAAGUCUGCAGUAUCACCUACGUGCUAAACAUGCUUUUGCCUCCAGUUCUUGUGCUACAGAUAACCCACCAACAGCAAAUGAAUCCAUCCAGCCGCAACAGAGUACGCUUGCAGAGUUUCAGGAUCGCUACAAGCCCAUGGAUCAAACAAAGUACAACACCUUAACCAAUGCUAUUGCAAAGUGGAUAGCUAUGGACUGCAGACCACUCAACAUUGUAAAUGACAGAGGGCUAAGAGAUGUUAUUCAAAUUGCAUCUUCCAAUCAGUUAUACACCUUGCCCUCUGAAGGAACCAUUGCAUCACGAAUACAUGAUCUAUAUAACAACGAGAAGACUACCAAGUUGGAGCUUUUGAAAAAUGCACUAGCUGUUGCUUUGACUGGUGAUCACUGGACAUCCUUGAGCAAUCACAGCUAUCUUGGAGUCACAGCACACCUGAUUGAUGCUUCAUGGACACUGCAGUCAUUUGCUUUAACAGUAAUGCAUACUGAAGAGAGACAUGCUGAAUCAUGUGCAGAGUGUUUCUUGGAUGUUGCAAAAGAAUGGAAUAUUCAGGAAAAAGUAACAACAAUUAGUACUGACAGUGCACAUAAUAUGAUAGCAGCAGACAACUGUUUGCCUUUUGAACACAUGACAUGUAUCGCUCACAGUCUGCAACGAUCCAUUACAGUCGCGCUCAGUGAUGGUGGUUUUGAAAACAUACUGGAAAAAUGUAGAAAACUUGUGGGCCAUUUCAAACACAGUCCAAUAAACAGUACAGAGCUAGGAAUACAACAAGCUGCAAAGGGACAGAAACAAGAACCUCUUGUUCAAGAUAUUUCAUCCAGAUGGAACUCCACAUUGGGUAUGGUUCAGCACCUGCUUUGCAAUAAAGCUGCUAUCACAGCCACAUUAGCUCUUCAAAAGCAAAAACUAUCAGUGCCAACAAGUAAGGAUUUCGAAAAACUGCAAAAGCUAGAAACACUACUUGAGCCCUGCAGGUUUGUGACUGAACUCCUUGGGGGAGAAUUGUAUGUCUCCUGCUCUGUGGUUCUACCCGCAUUCUGCCAUAUAUUUAGUGUUAUGGAAGUCUCAGAUGACGACCCAGAAUAUGUUAUUCAGUUUAAGAACGCUUUCACUGCAGAUCUGAUAAAACACAAAGAAGGUACCAAUAUGAGAUUUCUAAAGAUAGCUACAGCACUUGACCCAAGGUUUAAGCAUCUGAAGUGCCUUCCAAAAUCUGAACGGGAUGAGGUUUGGAACAUGCUGUCAGAAGUCUUAAAAGAGCAACACUCCAAUGCGGAAACUACAGAACCUGAACCACCAAAAAAGAAAAUCAACCUUCCAUUGGUGGCAGAUGAUGAAAAUGAGCAUGCAUCAGUCUGCACUGCUUUGGAUCGUUAUCGAGCAGAACCUGUCAUCAGCAUGAAAACAUGUCCUCUGGAAUGGUGGUCGAAGCAUGAAGGGGCAUACGAACAUUUAGCAUAUUUGGCACGUAAAUACCUUGCAACGCCGGCUACAGCAGUGCCAUGUGAACGCCUGUUCUCACUUUCAGGUGACAUUGUAAAUAAGAAGUGGGCAGCAUUAUCACCCGUAAAUGUAAACAAACUUGUUUGUCUUAGCGAUUGGCUGAACAAGAAGUAGGACUGGGUGGACCUGUAGGCUCUCAAGUUUUACAUUGUUUUAUUUUUGAGUGUAGUUAUGUAAAAAAAAAAAUUAUACAUUUUCGCAAUAAAGAGAUUGCACUACAGUACUUAUAUGAGGUGAAUUGAAAAAUACUACUUCUUUUGUUUAUCUUUUUUACAGUGCAAAUAUUUGUAAUCAAAAAUAGUAAUAUAAAGUAAGCACUGUACACUUUGUAUUCUGUGUUGUAACUGAAAUCAGUAUAUUUGAAAAUGUAGAAAACAUCCACUUAAUCGCACUGUUUAACAGUGCGAUUAAAACUGCAAUUAACUGCAACUAUUUUUUUCAUCUCGUGAUUAAUAGCAAUUCAUUUUUUUAAUAAUUUCACAGCCCUAAAACUAACAUAAGGAAGUACUUCUUCACACAAUGCACUGUCAACCUGUGGAAAUCGUUGCCAGAGGAUGUUUUCAGGGCCUAUAGUGAGAGGGCAUGGCCACUCUCCGAGACUGACAGGGAGGAACCCCUUUCCACCCCUCUGGAAGCAGAGGGGUAAGGACAAGAAGUAAAAUGGUGGGGCCUGAAGCUCAGUUGGGUUGGAUCCGCUGGAGGUGAUGGAUGCCUCUCGUCCACUGCUGUGUAUCGAGCCAGACAGAGACUGCUACAGUGCCGAGGACCUGGAGAAGUUGCCAAAGCUGUCUGCCGCCAGGGACGCCAAGGAGCUGCUAGGACUGCCAUUACCCCAGGGAGAUUGCGGACGACCCCGAGCCACAGAUACACUUUAAGGGCAUGUAGGAAGUUGCCCUGGAACACUAGACUAUCGUCUGGUUGUGUCGUUGCCUGAAUCCAGGUCAGCAUGUUUCAGCUGAAUCCCCACUGAUCCAGUGGCUGAACUCUACGCCACUGUUAGGGCCCUGGGCUGGGCCCAGGUUCCCCUACUCCUCUGCUCCCAAUCCCACCCUUGGGGUGGCAACCUCCCCACUCUAGGCCAAGAGGCCUGUGUUUGUCUGCUGUCCGCAAGAGCCAGAACAUCAGGACGUGUGUUUUGUACUCUGCUCUGCCUGAGGGCCUGAGCCCCCUUCACUGUUUGGUGCCCCACCCUGCCUGACGGCCUGAGCUCAUUAGACUUUCUGCCCUGCCCCACCUGAGACCAUGGCCCUGGACUGCUUGUCACCUGACCUGGCUAGACACCCAGGGUCUUAGAGACUGUUAAUUGCCCCAAUAACCCUUGCCUUGGUAGGGACCCGAGCCCGAGGGGGUGUGGCCUCUUUCCAAGACUGAAGGGAAGGGAUGGCCACACAUUCCUACAGAGCUAAAAGUAUAACUGAGUUAAAAAAAUUAGAUAAGCUCACAGAGGAUAAGUCCAUCAAUGGCUACUAGCCAAGAUGGUCAGGGACGCAACUGCAUGCUCUGGGUAUCCCUAAACUUCUGACUGCCAGAAGCUGGAACUGGAUGACAGGGGAUGGAUCAAUCCCUCAAUAACUGCUCUGUUCUAUUCAGUCCCUCUGAAGCAUCUGGCACUAGCCACUGUCAGAAGACAGGAUACUGAGCUAGAUGGACCAUUGGCCUGACCUUAGUAUGGCCAUUCUUACGUUCUUAGUGAACACGUAAUUGAACUGAACCAGAUGAAUAAACUGAAAUGUUUAAAAUAUUUUCUCUACACUUACUGUCAAAAACAGGUUCAGUACUUCAAAAACCUGUGGUUCCAGGUUCUUAACCAAUGAUUUCCACCAGUUUAGUGUGUUGUAUUUCUUCAAAACUUGACAGCAAACGUGUACUGAUCAAUAUUAUUUUCGCAUUUAAUUGCAGGCCUGACUUGACAUAAGUAUCUUGCUUCACUUCUUAAUGGGCAUCAUUGGGAAGGUUAAGUUGCCAUAACAAUCAUUAUGCUGGAGUCAGGAUAGCUAGCUAAGAUCAGCAGGAACAUCCUGGUAUUAAUAAACGAGUCUAAAUGUAAGAUAAGGUAGAGGUCAGAUCAUGCAUGAAUGCAUGGAAAGAGCAUGCUGUACAGGGAUUGGUUUCUACAAAGUAACCAAGUCAAUCCCAAAAUGUGAUGCACAGUAUAGUAAAUGCAAUGUGAUGUGUACAUGUAUAUAAAGGAAGAGGUUUUCUGUGUAACUUUGGAUGUGUGGUAUGCCCUAUACCCACCUCCUACACUUGAGUCUGAGCAACACAGCAUAGCUUUGCUGUAUGCCAAAUAAAAAUACCUGUGUGAUGAAA